UCAGUAUUUAUAAAGUAAGCGGAGUUCCCUGCUUCCAAACAGCUUGGAGAGAGUCGCGCGUGCACCGCCGCAGUCAUCACUCUGAACCUGGUGUGUGUCUCCCUUGGAGCGACGAUGUCAGAGAGCUCGAACUGUUUCUACUGUCGGGAGGACCUCGGGGGUAAAAGGUUUGUCCGCAGCGAGGGCAGGCCGGUGUGCGUCCGCUGCCACACCAAGUUCUGUGCCAACAACUGCGCAGAGUGCCAUCGACCCAUCUCUGUGGAAACAAAGGAGCUCAGUCAUAAGGGCCGGUACUGGCAUGAGGAGUGUUUCCGUUGUACCAAGUGCUACAAGCCUCUGGCCAAGGAGCCCUUCAGCACCAAGGAUGACCGCAUCAUGUGUGGGAAGUGCUGCUCCAGAGAGGAUGCUCCACGAUGCCAUGGCUGCUAUAAACCCAUACUGGCUGGCACAGAGAGUGUGGAGUACAAAGGGAACUCGUGGCACGAUGAAUGCUUCACCUGUUGCAGCUGUAAAAAACCAAUAGGAUCACUGAGUUUCCUCUCCAAAGGAACGGACAUCUACUGCAGCCCCUGCCAUGACAAGAAGUUUGCCAAACACUGCUUCAGCUGCAAAAAGCCGAUAACCUCUGGAGGAGUGAACUACCAGGACCAGCCGUGGCACGGCCACUGUUUCGUGUGCAGCUCCUGCUCAAAACCUCUGGCAGGGUCCAGUUUCACCAACCACCAGGACCAGGUGUUCUGUGUCGACUGCUACAAGACCUCUGUGGCUAAGAAAUGCAGCGGCUGCCAAAACCCCAUCACAGGUUUUGGUAAAGGUGUGAACGUCGUGAACUACGAGGGCAGCUCCUGGCACGAAUACUGCUUCAACUGUAAGAAAUGCUCCCUCAGUCUGUCCAACAAGCGUUUUGUAGCCAAGGGAAGAGACAUCCUCUGCGCCGACUGUGCAAACAAGUAGAGACGGAGAGCUUGGUUGUUUUCUAACAGCGGACAUCAUCAGCUGUCAUCCUCUUUUUUAAUUUUUUUUUUUUAAAAUAAUAGUCAUUAUGUUACUUGUUUGUUUCCAAAUAAAGGCCAGAGUCUUCAUUUCAGUUAUCAGUUUAUUAUCUAGUUGUGCUUUCGGUAGUUUACACAUGAAUCAAUGGGAUUGUUGAGACCAAAAUGUAGUUAAUGUCUGCUGUUGGUUGUUUGCUCUGGUAGAGGAAUAUUAAUCCUAAAACAACAUAGACUGUGUUGAAUGUUGGUGGGUGACUAGCUGAAGACAAAUCCUCAAUGAUCUUACAGUAUAUGUAACUAUGUUUGGUAGUUUCUCUUUAACAG